AUGGAGAGGGAGUCGAGGUCAGGGGUGCUCUCGGAGACUGCGUCCUGCGCCGGCACGCCGAGGUCGGUUCAGUCGUCUUGCAGUCUCCAGCGUCGGUACUCUUCACGGAGCAUUCUGAAGCCACAAGAAGGCGCAUUGGACAUGUCACCACGGUUCUCCUACUGCAAGCCUGCCACACAUAGAGAUAAGAUGUUCAACAGAAGACAUUCUCUGAACAUGCCAGAGCAAUUGCCAGGCCAUUACUCCAGAAAAGCAUCAGAACGAACCCAAAAGGCUACCUCAAAGUCUGUUGCAGAUUUAGUUGGGGAGAUUGCAGCUCUCGAGCAGGAAGUCAUACGCAAGGAAUUGCAUCUGCUUUCCCUCUAUAGAAGAGCGUUUCAUCAAUAUGUAUCUGAAUCCUGCAGCUUCACAAGUGAGCAGGUGGAUCAAGAAAUUCUGAAAAACAUCGACGAGGGCGCACUCCGUUUGAGGGACAUAAAGCACUCUGCAGCGUUCAACUUGCCCACCGUCUCAAAUUCUGAGGUAUCAAAAUCAGGCGCAAGGCAUUCCAGCCUUGUUAACUUCUUGAGUGCUUCUAUUUCCGAAUAUGUGCCUAAGAUCUCAUGCAAAUUAUCGGAGGACAUCUUAGGCUGCAUUGCUGCUGUCUACUGCAAACUUUCAAGCACGGAACCGCAAGGCGCAGAAUGCAUGGCCUCACCAAGUCCUUCUGUUUCAUCUUCAAGUACUUUUUCUCCGAGGCGCGGUAAUGAUAGUUGGAGCCCUCGGUACAACUUUGAUAGCCCACGCCCGUGUGGACUUCAGAAAGAGAGUAGUGAACAAAACAUAGGCCUGAUUGUCAUUCCGAGGAUACGCAUUGAUGCUGACAAGUUUGAUUAUGCCUCAAAAAUGCUCGAGACUAUCAGAUCUCUGAUACAGCGCCUCCAAAAAGUUGACCCAAUGAAGAUGACACAUGAGGAGCAGCUCUGCUUUUGGAUUAAUAUCCACAAUGCUCUAGUCAUGCAUGCUUUUCUGGCCUACGGUCUACAUGACAAACGCACGAAGAGCACGGACAUUAUUCUGAAGGCUGCGUAUAAUGUUGGUGGCCAAUCAGUAAAUGCCCAGACUAUUCAGAACUCAAUUCUUGGAUGCCAAUCCCAUCGUCCAUCAUUGUGGGUCCGCGCGCUAUUCACACCGACGAAAAGAUCCAGUGCAGUGACGGCAAGGCACCCCUAUGCUCUUCACCAUCCAGAACCAGUUGCGCAUUUCGCCCUCUCCACCGGAGCAUUUUCAGACCCACCCGUCCGGUUAUACACGGCGAAGAAGAUACAGCAGCAGCUGGAGGCGGCGCGGACGGAGUUCAUCCAGGGCAGCGUGGUGGUGCGGAAGCAGGCGCUGCUGCUGCCCAAGGUGCUGCACUACUACGCCAGGGACGCCGCGCUGGAGCUGCGGCACCUGGUGGAGCUGGUGUGCGAGAGCAUGUCGGACGCGCAGCAGAAGCAGCUCCAGCAGCUGCAGCAGCACGGCCUCCGGCGGAGGGUCGACAAGUGCGUCCAGUGGAUGCCGUACAAGUCGUCCUUCAGAUACGUUGUACAUAGGGAUCUCGCUGACUAG